CGGAGCCCCAGGGCACCGGCAGCGGGCUGCGAUGCUUCCCGGGGCGGGUCCCCUCGCCUUCCUGCUCCGGUGCCUCCUGCUCCUGUUCGCCUCCGAGAGCCGAGCCCGGGCCCGGCCGGAGGCGUUCUGCGACUUCAACGGCAAGAAGUACAGCCCAGGGGAGAGCUGGCACCCGUACCUGGAGCCGCAGGGGCUCAUGUACUGCAUCCGCUGCAGCUGCGCCGAGAACACCAGCAUCAGGUGCUCCCGGAUCCAGUGCCCGGCGCUGCCGUGUGCCAGCCCCGUGACGGAGCCGCAGCAGUGCUGCCCGCGCUGUCCCGAGCCCCCGUCCCCGUCCGGGCUGCGGGCGCCCGCCAGGUCGUGCCGCUACAACGGGACCACGUUCCAGCAGGGAGAGAUGUUCAGCGGCAGCGAGCUGUUCCCCGGCCGCCAGCCCAACCAGUGUGUGCAGUGCAGCUGCUCCGAAGGCCAGAUUUACUGUGGCUUGGUGACCUGCCCCGAGCUGCUGUGCUCCUCUCCCUUCAGCGUGCCAGACUCCUGCUGCCAGGUCUGCAAAGAUGGCUCCCUUGAGAAGCCCUCGGAAGAGGAGCCCCUGCAGUUAAACAGAGGUGUUAGACAUUCCCAGGAUCAGUGCUUGGGAGAGGUGGUGGGCAGGAAGCCCCCCGGAGCCACCGUGUCCACAGCUCUCAGCUCUUCCCUGGAGCUGAUUCCCAGAAGCUUCAAACCCAAGGGAGCAGGGGGCACCACUGUCAAGAUCGUCUUGAAAGAGAAGCACAAGAAAGCCUGUGUGUACAACGGGAAGACCUACUCGCACGGUGAGGUGUGGCACCCCGUGUUCCGGCUCUACGGCCUGCUGCCCUGCAUCCUCUGCACCUGCAGGGACGGCGUCCAGGACUGCCACAAGCUCACCUGUCCCAAGGAGUACCCCUGCCAGCACCCUGAAAAAGUGGAUGGGAAGUGCUGUAAGGAAUGUCCAGAAAGCAGGGUCAGACCCACGGACGAGGUGGGCAGCCCGCGGUGCGGCGGCCCCGGCCGUGUCCUGGUGUACGCCUUCGUGCCGCCGCGCUCCGAGCCCUCCAAGGACAUCCUCAGGACCGUGGCCAUCGAGAGGGAGCUGGCAGAGGAGGUGGAAAUCUACAACUGGAAGCUGAUUAAAGGAAUAUUCCAUCUGAUCCAGACCAAGAAGAUCAGCAAGCAAGAAUUCAAGCAAGAGGCACAAAACUUCAGGCUGAUCACCAGGACAAACGAAGGUCACUGGAACAUCUUCCGAGCGCAGACGUCGUCGGAGCUGAGGAUGACGGAGAGCCCAGAGAAGGAGACAAAGACCUUGUAA